GCCGACGUAAAAAAAUAUCUCAAAUCAACAAUUUAAUAAUUAAAAGUAAUAACGAAUCAUAUAUCAACAUCAAACAACCUCAGCUUCCGACGCUCUCUCUCCGACCAUUUUUAAUAAACACAAAACUCCACUCUGCAAUAAGUCUCCGUCGUGUCGAUUCCACUUUAUCACCACUUCUCCUUCCUCUUCGCCGGUCUCCACCGCCGGCAUUCCCGGAUUCCGCCGCAUCGAAUCAAAUGGAGCUUAAAAGCUUCCACCCCUCUUCUGCACUGUUUUUCCUCUUCUCAGUGGUGAUUCUUUCCCCGACGACGGUGACUUCAAUCGGAGUAAACUACGGUCAAAUCGGAGAUAACCUCCCAUCACCGGAAGAAGUAGUUCCACUAGUGAAAUCAAUCGGAGCAACGAAAGUGAAACUGUACGAUGCAAACCCAGAGAUCCUCAAAGCAUUCUCCGGCACGGGCGUAGAGUUCAUCGUCGGACUUGGCAACGAGUACCUCUCCAAAAUGAAAGAUCCUUCCAAAGCCUUAACAUGGAUCAAACAAAACGUCACUCCCUUUCUACCGGCGACGAACAUCACCUGCAUCACCAUCGGUAACGAGAUCUUAGCUCUCAACGACUCUUCCCUCACCGACAGUCUCCUCCCGGCGAUGCAAGGGGUCCACUCCGCUUUAGUAACCGCCGGACUCUCCGAUCAAAUCGCCGUCACCACCGCACAUUCUCUCGCCAUCCUCCAGACAUCGUUCCCUCCUUCCGCCGGAGAGUUUUCACCAAGUGUAAUAGAUUACCUCAAACCGAUCCUCGAGUUUCACCGGAAGACAGACUCUCCGUUCUUGAUCAACGCCUACCCUUUCUUCGCUUACAAAGGAAGCCCUAAAGAGAUCCCUCUCGACUUCGUCCUCUUCCAGCAGAACCAAGGUGUCGUGGAUCCGACCACGGGGUUUCACUACGACAACAUGCUGUUCGCGCAGAUCGACGCCGUCUACUCUGCUCUAGCGGCGGCGGGAUAUAAAACCCUUAAAGUGCAGAUAUCGGAGACGGGGUGGCCGUCGAAAGGAGACGACGACGAGUUCGGAGCCACGCCGGAGAAUGCGAAGAGGUAUAACGGAAACUUGAUUAAGCUUAUGAAGAAUGAAAAGACCAAAACGCCCCUACGACCGAACAACGAUCUUAUCAUAUACGUGUUUGCCUUGUUCAACGAGAACAUGAAACCUGGUCCGACCUCGGAGAGGAACUACGGUCUGUUUAAACCUGACGGGACUCAGGCUUACUCGCUUGGGUUCACUCUAAACGAUGUCGUAAAAGGUCGUAAUAGUAGUAGCAGUGGAGGAGGAAAAACACCUGUUUUACCGAUGACGCCGGUGGCUCCAGAUAGUGCAUCGACCGGUUAUUUGGCAAUUUCGUCAGCUCCAGGGAAAAGAAAAGGGAAAGAGGCAGUAUUGUCAAUGGUGGUGAUCAUGUUAUUGGCCCGACACUUACUUUGAUUACACGAAAACAGAGUUUUAACUUAUAAAAGAGGUUAAUUAAAGAGUGCAAUAUCUGUUUUUGCAUUCUUCGAAACUCAUACCAUUGGAGCUUAUUUUCACGGCUAUUUUUUUCUUUUAUCUAUUAUUAUAUUUAUGUUAGAAAUUCAUUUUGUCACCUUAUGUAAUUCACAUUUUAUCUUCCCGAUCAAUAAUACUCUUAUUAUGCUAA